UUUGUCUGGACGGCUGUCCUUGCUGUGUGUGCUAUGAAUUUCUUCAAAAGCUUCUUCUAACUUGCACUUUCUCUUUCUGAGGAACUCCAGAACUCAGAGCGUAUCUCGACACUGAUUCAGCCGACCAGCGCCAGUUAUCCGGGACUCAGCCAUGCCAGCAGCAAGAGGACGUACGGAUGCACAGCCUGCAGAACCUCUCAACAUGAAUAAUUAUGCCACUAAGAAGAGUGUAGCAGAGAGCAUGCUGGAUGUGGCGCUGCUCAUGGCAAAUGCCUCUCAGCUCAAAGCCGUCCUGGAGCAGGGCCCAGAGUUUAAGUACUACCUCACCGUCAUCGUCCUCAUCGCCGCGUCUCUCUUCUUCCAAGUGGUCGCGGGGGCUCUCUUUGUCCACAUGGCACGCAAAAACCUCAACGACGUGGCCAAUCAGAGGAAGUUGAACAUAAUAAACAAUGUGGCUACUGUGCUGGUGUUUCUCACCGUCAUCAUCAACAUCUUCAUCACCGCUUUUGGAGUGCAGAAGACAGGUCUCUAUCCUAAGCAGUAGUCUAAACUGUCUGUAAGAUGCAGGCUCUCAGUAAUGAAAGUCACAUUCUUCAGGCUGGUUCAAUCAAGAAAGACUUCCUUCUGGCUUUGAUAUUUGUUAUACUACAGAAGACAUGAUUAUUUUAUGGUGUUUUUGUAUUUAUUUCUAUGGAGGGCAUUAGCCUAUAUUAAAGAAUCUAUCCACCUUAUUUUUCAACGCGGAAAAGUAAGCCGUUUUCUGUAAAUGUGCGUGACUUCCGGUUCAUUAGCUGCUGUAGGGAAUUAGUGAGAAGAACAACAAAGUGCAGUAAACGGUAAAACACUACAAACCACUUUUGUCUUCAUAAUUAAGAUAAUACAUUAAAAUAAUGUGGUAAGACACAUUAUUUUGCAAUAUCAACCAGUAAAACGAGCUGUUUGUAAAGCUAAAAAUGGACGUGGAUGAGACCGGAAGCCUCCCCUGGUGAAAAAACCAGCAUAUGCUGGUAGGUAUGUUUUGAUGCUGGUUUAAGCUGGUCCUUUGCAGUUCAUGCUGGUCCUUGACCAGCAACAUGACCAGCAAAAACCAGCAAAGGACCAGCUUAAACCAGCAUCAAAACCUACAUAACCAGCAUAUGCUGGUUUUUUUCACCAGGGUCCUACAUAAAAUGUACAAAUGACCUCGCCCACUCUUAGGAAAAAAAUAAGGUGGAUAAAACAAAAUAGGUUACAUUUAUCAUAGACUGUCUAGUGAUUAUAUUACCUAGAGAAAACUAUAAUCAAAAUCUGAAUUCAUCAACUAAUAUGUUGUACUUUCUACUGUCCUAACUAUUAUUUAACGUUUGUUAUGAAAUACUCAACUGUUUACCAUUAAGUUAAUGUAUUUAAAUAAUCUCUGGCUCAUUUUCUGUAAAAUGCCUAUGGAAUAUCAUCAUAAAACAUGGGAAAAGUG